AUGCACUCGUCGCUGAUCUUUUGCUCAAUCUUAAUGGCAGCCCUGGUGGCCCUCACUGUGAGCCGACCCACAGCAACGCUGGACAUGAUCCGGAUCAUGGGUCGAACCACCAUCAACAGAAUUAAAAAAAUUAAAGAUGAGCACUUCCGGAUGUCUCCUGAAAUUUACUUUCCUGGUCCUGACAUUGACACGCCCAUUGACUGUCUCACUUCUGUCAUUAUUCACCUGAGAUACCUGCAACUAAGGCUCCAAGGGCCCCCAGCCCAGCAUUUGCGUCAGGUUCAAGUGGACCUGGAAACUCUCCUUAGCACAUUAGAGGGACUAGCCAUAUCACACGGAUGUCCCCUUCCCAACCAAGAGACCCUGGUGCAUAAAGCUGAAACGGCUUUCCCGUUCACCUUCAACUACCUGUACCUCAUGGAGCUCCAAAGGUUCCUGGAUAAACUCUGCCUGAACAUGGAGAAACUAAAACAAUGCAAAGACACAGAUGUGGCCGAGACACUUGCGUUCUGA